GUUUCCAAAACCGGAUAUAUUGAUCGAAUGAAAUAUGCUCGCAAUCUAUUAGAUAAUCAAGAUUUUAUUAUUAGCCCGAUCCAGCCCAAUGUUCAGACCCAAGCCUAUUCUGCGUAGUUCCUCCUUAAACCCUUUUCUUUAGAACUGUUUGCCAGUAAAACCCUUAUUCUUCAUUUUCUUAAUUCAUCAUCAUCAUCUUUAUUAUUGUAUAUGAUCAAUCAGUAAUGGCUUUUUUAAGAAGAUUACAAACAAUUCGUACACUUUUUCCGAAAUUUCAAUAUCCAAAUUCUCCUCCAUAUCUGAUUGGGAGCUCGAAAAACGAUUAUAGCUGUUUUUCGAAUGCUUUGGAACUUAAAUCCCGGACAAUUUCGUUCUGCCCGUAUAACAGUCAUGAUGUUCUUCCUUGGGUUUAUGGAAGUACCAUGACUCUUCGUUCUUCAAUGGCUAUGGAGAUGCCAAUUUUUGUAAAUGACAAGAGGUUACUAUCAACACAGGCACGGCCUCCCUCACAAGCAAGACACAUGGGGGCUCUUAAAGUUUCUAUGACAAGCCCGGGAUUCAUCUAUGAACCCUAUGCUCCUCGUGAACGAAUUCCAUUCUGGAGAAGGUGGUUCACAAAAAGUGGUUGGCAAAGAACAAAAGCAGAUAUUAUUCUGGAGCUCAAAAGUGCCUAUGCCAUAUCUAAGCUAAGAAAAUCUGGAUACUCAAAACAUGAGUUCUACAAGGAAGCAGUUGACUUGUACAAAGAGAUAAACACAAUGAUGGCAAAUGCUGACAAAAAUUCAUUGAGGAAAGCAGUUACAGAGAAAAUGUUUUCUGAACUCAAGAAUGAAAUUAAACAAAGAGAAUCUAUGUGGAGUAAGAUUUAUUGGGAACUAGUUGAACCCGUAGUUAAAAUACGAACUCUGCGUGCUCGGUUGAUUGGUGUUGAUCGAAAUGACCUCAAAAAAGUAUUUAUACAGUUAACCCUCGAGUUACUGACAAAACAGAAAUUUGAAGCCUGUGACUCAAAAGGCACCAUUGUUUCUGGAGACAAAUCAAAGGAGCCUGCUCAUCCAUAUUACUUGAACCCUAAAACAACACUCCCAUUUUUCAGCAAGCUGCAUUGCAUAGCUCCAAUUUACCAAUCUAUCUUGCCCCUCAAUACUCGCUUCUUAACUACUCAAAACUAUGAAUCUGAUUCCUUUCCUGACAAACCUACUGCCGUCUACUAUGAUGAUCGUGUCAAUGCUGCUGGCCUUGAAGGAGACUUUGAUACGCUUCGCUACCUCCUCAACAAGCGUAUUAGAGACUGCUGCUGCAACACCGUCAACACCUUUAAGUUCAUCACAAACACUGACGACUCCCUCUCUUCUCUGGAUGAUCUCAUUCAAACCCUGGCCCGCCUUGACAAUGGUUUUCCUCGGACAAGUGCAUUCAACGCUCUGAUUGCCCGUCUAUGCAAACUAGAACGAAUUGAGGAAUCGUUGCACAUUGUGGACAUCAUGGAGCGCGGGCAGUAUGGCUUAAACACAUGUAGCUUUCACCCCAUACUAAAUUCUCUUACGCAUAAGAAGAAGAUGGAGGCUGCCUGGGAAGUGAUAGAAAAAAUGAAGGCAGUUGGAGUUUCACCCGACCUAACGUCAUUCAAUUAUUUGUUAACUGCAUAUUGUUAUAAUGGAAAUGUAAAAGAUGCUAGUAAGGUGAUGAAGAAGAUUGAAGAGAUGGGGUUAGGUGCUGAUUCGCGCACAUAUGAUGCAUUGGUGUUGGGCGCAUGUAGGGUGGGAAAAGUAGAUGCCGCUUUGAUGCUGUUGAGGACAAUGGAGGACAAUGGAGAGCACAUGUUAUAUUCUACACAUGUGCAUGUUAUCAAUGGAUUACUGAGGCUGGGCUACUAUUUCCAGGCCAUAAAAUUUGUGAAGAUUUUUGGAGGGAGAGAUAAGUCAUUGGAUGUACACAGUUUUGGGGUACUGGCUAGUAAGUUGAUUAACAUGAAGAGGGUUGAUGAAGCUAAGUUAGUUUUGGAGGAAAUGGAGGAAAGGGGUUUGAUAAUGGGUGAAAAGUUGAGAAAUUACUACAACUUGAAUGUUAAAAAUGUCAAAUAGUUUCUAUUUUGGCUCAUUAAGAAUUUCCAAUUUCUGAGGUUCUCUAUGUAGGUGCUACUAGGUGGUCUGGGCAUGAGAGGCACUCCCGACGGAGGAGUUAAGUGACAGAACAUGCACGACCCAAUUCAUCGUCCUUCCUCUCUUUGUAGUUAAGGAAACUGGUGCCAUUUUUCUUUUCCUUUGGAAGUCUAGCUGGUAGUUAUAUACAGAUUACAGUUCUGCUCUCAAGGAAAUGAUUUGGAUAUAAAUCAGAUUGUAUAUGAUUUGAGAAUUUAGAAGUCAACUUCUGUUCAUAUGCAUAAUGAAUGGGAUUAAUUGAGGAGAUACUGAUAUGAAGUUCUGUAUCCCUUUUGAGUUAUGGGAAACAUAGAAUGGUCAAACUAUGUUGAAUAAUAGCUUUCUCUUGUAUGAAUAAGCUUUUGUUCGAAAUAUAAGCUUAGUUCUA